UCAACAAAAAAAAAGAAAUAAGAAUCAUAAAAUUAAACCGGUUAAUUUGUAAUGUGUGUGUGAUGUAUGUAUUUGAGAUUCAUUCAUUAUUUAUCGUUUUUGUUUCCAUCGGAACUCAUCGUGUGAAUCCAAAGUUUUUUUAAUUUUGAUUUUCAACAACAACGACAACAACGACAAAAAUGGAUCAUGAAGAAAUCAUUAAAAAAGAAUCGAAAUUUGAUCAAUCAUUUUUUUUCAAUAAAAUUUACAGCACAUGGGUAUUUCCAUUAUAUUAUAAAGGAUUAAGAAAUGAAAUUCAAAUGCAAGAUCUUACUAAAUGUUCAACAUCGGAUGAUACGGAAAAAUUAUGUAAUGAAUUGGAAAAAAAUUGGCGUGAUGAAUUACGUAAAAAGAAACCAAGUUUUGCAUUGGCAACAGUAAAAUCAUUUAAAAAACAUAUGCUUUUUAGUUUGAUUUUAUUUUUAUUUGAAGAAUGUAUUUUACGUAAUGUACAACCAUUAAUGUUAGCUAAAGUUAUUGAUUUUUUUGCCCGACCAUCCAAUGAUCAAUAUCUGUGGGCAUGUUUAAAUGCAGCCGGUGUUGUUGGUGCAUCAUUUUUCUAUAUUCUUUGUCAUCAUCCAGCAUGUUAUGGAUCGGUUCGUUGUGCAAUCAAAGUACGUGUUGCAUGGUGUACAUUAAUGUAUAAAAAAGCAUUACGUUUACAUAAUUCGGCAUUUAAAACAACAACCGUUGGUCAGAUAUUAAAUCUAAUGUCCAAUGAUGUUAGUCGUCUUGAUGAGUUUUGUAUCAUCGGUAGCUAUAUGAUUGCAGCACCAAUACAAACAAUAAUCGGAAUGUAUAUCUGUUAUCAAUAUAUUGGUUAUUAUUGUCUUAUCGGUUUGGCCAUAUUAAUAUUAUUCAUUCCAUUCAAUAGUUUUAAUGGUCGUAUAUUUUUAAAAGUUCGUACAAAAGUUGCUGCAUUAUCCGAUACACGAAUUCGUAUUGUAUCGGAAAUAAUAAAAGGAAUGCGUGUAAUUAAAAUGUAUGCAUGGGAAGAUCAUUUUUUACGUUUAGUAUCCGAUGCAAGACGUCGUGAAUUAAUACAGAUUCGUAAUGCAACAUUUUUACGUGCAAUGAAUAUUUCAAUAUCUUUGGUUGCCGGUCGUAUUGUUUUGUUUGCAAUGUUUAUCACAUAUGUACUUGAAGGUCAUUUUUUAAAUGCUGAUAAAGUAUUUGUUGUAAUGACCGUUGUUAAUACAUUACGUCAUACAAUGACAUGGUUAUUUCCAAAUUCAAUAGCAUUAUUAUCCGAAUUAUCUGUAUCAUGUAAUCGUAUACAAACAUUCCUUGAAUUAGAUGAAAUUGAACAACAAUCAAUUGCAUAUCAUAAUACAAAUAUUCCAGUUAAAAAUAAUGAAAAUUCAAUAAUAAUUAAACAAAUGGAUGCUGUUUGGUCAAAAGAACAAGAACAACCGACAUUAAUUAAUUUAUCAUUAACAAUAAAAAAAAGUGAACUUAUCGCUGUUAUUGGAUCAGUUGGUUCGGGUAAAAGUACAUUUUUAAUGUCAUUGAUGAAUGAAAUACAAAUUACAUCAGGCACAAUAACAUUAAAUGGCCGUAUUGCAUAUGCAUCACAAGAACCAUGGUCAUUUAAUGGUAGCCUUCGGGAUAAUAUUUUAUUUGGUAAACCAUUUAAUAGUAAAAAAUAUCAAGCUGUUAUUGAUGUUUGUGCAAUGAAACGUGAUCUAAAACAAUUACAAUAUGGUGAUCGUACAUUGGUUGGUGAACGUGGUGUAUCGUUGAGUGGUGGACAAAAAGCUCGUUUAACAUUAGCAAGAGCAUUAUAUAAUGAUGCUGAUAUUUAUCUAUUGGAUGAUCCAUUAAGUGCUGUUGAUGCUGAAGUAGCUAAUCAUAUAUUUGAAAAAUGUAUAUCAUAUUAUCUAAGAUCAAAAACAGUAAUACUGGUAACACAUCAAAUGCAAUUCAUUCGAAAAGCAUCAAAAAUUCUUAUAUUAAAUGAUGGACGUCAAUUAGCAUAUGGUAGUUUUGAUGAAAUAAUCAAUUCAGGUAUCGAUCUAGUUAAAUUAAUACAACGUACUGAAAAAGAAAAAGUGGAAAAAAAAUUAUCCGAAUUACAACGUCAAGAUUCAGAAAAUCAAAAUCGUGUACGAACCGAUUCAAUGACAAGUCGUUAUUCAACAACACAAAUUGUACAUGAGCUAAAUCGUGCCGAAUCCUGUGUAGAUGUUGCGGCCGAUGAACCGGCCAUUUUGGAUGAAGAAAAAACCAAAGGAUCGAUUAGUUCGAAAAUUUAUUGGCAUUAUAUUCGUGCCGGUUCCGGACCAAUUCUAAUGACAUCAAUGAUUUUAUCAACAAUAAUUUCACAAGUUCUGUUUCAUUAUACUGAUGUUUGGCUGGCUGAUUGGACAAAUCGUGAAGAUGCAACUGUAAUUAUAACAAAUAAAACAAUUAAUAUUUCAUUUGAAGUUGAUCAAACCGAUGAAAUACAUCCAGUUGAAACAAAUAAUGCAAUAAUUUAUACAAUUUUGGUGGUUACACAAUUUAUCGGUAUGAUUAUACGAUCGGGUACAUUUUUUGCAAUGUGUAUAUUUGCAUCAAUCAAUCUACAUAAUCGUAUUUUUUAUUGUUUAAUGCGUGCACCGGUUUCAUUUUUCGAUACAGUUCCAACAGGACGAAUAUUGAAUCGUUUUACAAAAGAUAUGGGUAUUAUUGAUGAACAAUUACCAUUGGCUGCAUAUGAUUUGAAUUUGAUUAUUGCUCAGGUGAUUGGCACCUGUAUAGUUGUUGCCCUAUCACAAUGGUAUCUAAUAUUUCCAGCAAUCAUAAUGAUAAUAUUAAUAUUAAUUAUUCGUGCUGCAUAUAUACGUACUGCUCGUGAUUUAAAACGUUAUGAAGCAAUUGCUCGUAGUCCAUUAUUCAAUCAUAUGACUGUUACAUUGAAUGGUUUAGCAACAAUUCGUUCAUUCAAUGUACAACAAAUAUUCACAAAUCAAUAUUAUCGUUAUCAAAAUGAUCAUACAGCAACAUAUUUUGUUUGUUAUGCAUCAUCAAGAUUUUUAGGUAUUUGUAUGGAUAUGAUUUGUAUUGGAUAUAUUGUUAUUGUUGCUAUUUCAUUGAUGGCAUUCUAUCAUGGUAUUCAAAGCGGAACAGCUGGACUUGCCUUUUCAAUGGCAUUAGGUUUGACAGGCAUGACACAAUGGGGCGUCAGACAAUCGGCCGAAGUUGAAAAUCAAAUGACUUCAGUUGAAAGGAUUAUUGAAUAUUCAGAAUUAAAACCUGAAGCAUCAUUAAAAUCUGAUUAUAAAUUUUUAAAAAAUUGGCCACAAAAUGGACAGGUUAUUUUUGAUCAUGUUUAUCUUACCUAUGAUGGUUCAUCGGCACCAGUAUUAAAAGAUCUUUGUUUUGAAAUCAAUGGAGGUGAAAAGAUUGGUAUUGUUGGUCGAACUGGUGCCGGUAAAAGUUCAAUAUUGGCAGCAUUAUUUCGUAUGAUUGAAAUUGAUGGAAAAAUUACAAUCGAUAAUGUAAAUUGUCGUGAUAUUGGUUUACAUGAACUUCGAUCAAAAAUGUCAAUCAUUCCACAAGAACCUGUUGCAUUUAUUGGUUCAUUAAGAAAAAAUCUUGAUCCAUUUGAUGAUCGUAAUGAUGAAGAAAUUUGGUCUGCAUUGGAAAAAGUUCAAUUGAAAAAUGUUGUCAAUGAAAUGCCCGGUAAACUUGAAUAUCAAUUAUCCGAAGGUGGUGGUAAUCUGAGUGUUGGUCAACGACAAUUAAUCUGUUUAGCACGUGCAUUAUUACGACGAAAUAAAAUUCUUGUAUUGGAUGAAGCAACAGCCAAUGUUGAUCAUCAUACUGAUUCAUUAAUACAGCAAACAAUUCGUAAUAAUUUUGAUGAUUGUACAGUAAUAACUAUUGCACAUCGUUUAAAUACAAUUAUUGAUUCAGAUAGAAUAUUAGUAUUGGAUGCUGGUCGUGUUGCACAAUUUGAUACACCAAAUAAUCUAUUACAAGAUUCGAAUGGAAUAUUUUAUAAUCUAAUUGAACAAACUGGACCACAAAUGGCUGAAAAAUUAAAAACAAUAGCAUCAACUAAUUAUAUAAAAAGGAAUUCAAUUAAAAACAUCGACCCGAAAUUUCAUCCAUUACCGGUGAUGUUAUGGCCAUCAUAAAAAAAAUCAAAUGAA